AUGAGCGACGAGGCCCAGAGCUUGCUCCCGACGGAUGCGUCGCCUGCGUACGCCCCGCCGCCCGCCGACCUCGAGAAGGCCAUCGAGACGCCGACGAGCACGCGCGCCGAGAUCGUCUCGCUCGUGCAGCUCGCCUAUCCAUUGGUCGCGACCUUUGCAAUGGAGUUCCUGCCCGGCUUCCUCUCGGUCGCGCUUGUUGGUCACCUCAACUCGGCGUACACGAAGGAGUUUGUGGAUGCGGCAGCGCUCUCGACUGUCUUUCUCAACGUCUCUGGCUUGUCGAUCGGCUUUGGCCUCGCGUCGGCCAUGGACACGCUCUGCUCGCAGUCGGUCGGUGCUGGCAAGAUCUACAUGCUCGGCGUGUACCUCCAAAGUGGCAUGAUUGUCCUCUCGCUCGCGUACAUUCCGAUGGUGCUCAUGAACUACAACACGACGUACUUCCUCAACCUCCUCGGCCAAGAUGCGAUGGUGGCGUCGCUGGCUGGCGAGUUUUCGCGCGUGACUGUGUUUUGCCUCCCGAGCCUCUUCUUGUACGAGCUCCUCAAGAAGGUGCUGCAGGCCCAGCACAUUGUCGCGCCCAUGGCGUACAUUGCGGUCGCGAGCAACUUUAUCUACAUCGCAGUCGGGUACUACCUCUGCUACCACACGAGCCUCGGGUUUAUUGGCGCGGCGUAUGCGCGCUUGGUGAGCAACUUUUGCAUGCCGCUCAUGGUGCUGCCGUACUUGCUCUGGAACCCGGUGUACACGACGUGGUGGCCGGACGAGCACACCAUGUCGUCGCAGUGGGGCGAAGCCUUUGCCCACGUGUACGAGUUUGUCACGUUUGGUGUGCCGGGCAUGCUCAUGAUGCUUAUGGAGUGGUGGGCGUUCGAGAUGCUGGCGCUCAUGGCUGGCUGGAUGCCCAACCCCGUCCUCUCCAUCAGUGUGCACUCGGUCUUGAUUAACCUAUCGGCCAUGGCGUACAGUCUCUUUCUCGGCAUCUCGGUCGCCACGACAAUCCGAGUUGGCAACGCGCUCGGCGCCUAUGAGCCGCAGCGCGCCAAGGCGAUCGGCAAGGCCGCGUACUGCGUGUCGUUGGCCGCUGCCAUGUUGGUCGCGACGUUCUUCCUUGCCACCCACAACGUCCUUCCCGCCUUUUUCAUCAACGACCCGAGCUCCAUCGCGCAAACGCAGCGCUCGCUGUACUUUUUUGUCAUCUUUGAGGUCCUCGACGCCAUGAACUGCGUCGCCCAAGGCAUCCUCCGCGGCAUGGGUCGCCAAGCCAUCGGUGCGUAUGUGAAUGCGAUGGCCUACUACGUGGUCGGCAUUCCUGUCGCCGGCGUCGUUGGCUUUUACUGCGAGCUCGAUGUUCAAGGUCUCUGGAUUGGCAUCGCCGUCGGCGUCUUCUCCGCCUUCUGCGUCUACUCGUGGACGCUUCAGCACACCAACUGGCGCGCGAUGGCCGACAAGGCGGUUGAGCGCAUGACAGACUAAUGCGACGCAACCGCAACAUAGAUUUUUCACCGGCAGCACCACGUUCUUAUUGUAAAACUUGGUGGCGCACGUGGCCCGAAGCUCUUCGGUCUGGCGACAGGAUCGUUGAGAUCACUGCCGAAGACCCUUUCAACCUCGAUUUGCA